AUUCAGUAUAAAAAUACGCUAAGGGAAGUGCCCAAUAGAUGCACAUUCUGAGUAACGGCCAAGCCUUAAAUCCGAGAUAGAAGAGCGUUUCAAAAACAGGCCUCCGGCAACUCAAGUUUAAGAUUACCGGGGAAAGCCUUUCCGGGGAAAUUGGUCCUCAUCUAUUUCCUCGCCCGUCAUCUCUAAUCCAUCCAUCAACUGGACGGAAAAAGCUGUCGAUACCACGACCUCCGACGUUAUGGCUCCAAGGCAAUUGAUUCAAAGGGGUUGGCAGACAGAGUGCUCAUUGGUCGAGUCCAUUGCUGCCUUAAGUCAUCCGUCUUUAACUGACCUGGCCGAUCUGGAGAUCCGAUGUCGCGAUGGCUGCAUUCGAGCUCAUCAGGUGAUAUUCGGCCAACAUUCCACGUUUUUGAAGCGCUUAUUUGCCACUCGACAAACUCCCGAACUUCAAUUUGUAUCAUUGCAAGAUCAAGCUAUGGUAGCCGAUUUUUGGGGCUCACGCAAAGAUGAUUCGAUCACAAUUGUCUUGCCCGAUUUUUGUACAAAGGAAGUUAAGUUACUCGUACAUUUGUUCUAUCACGGCCAAUGUAUGGUUGAAGGCUCCAGCUCAGAUGCCAUGCCCGAACUCCUCAAUCAAUUAUGUCGCAGCCUAUCCAUUGACUCAUUUUCCUGCAAGGAUCUCAAAGUGUCCAUGCAUUCCGUCCCUCCGAUUCAUUCUCCAUCCACCAACACUCACCCAAACCUACCUUCGAUAAGUCAUUCCGAAUCGAAUACCCCGGCCAAAAUCUACCUAAACCCUCUGUUAGAUUCAGACAACGUUAGCACCACUUAUAGGAAACAACAGACAUCUGGAAAUGAAUCGAGUUGCACCCUGCACACGGAAGCAAACUCACCCCUGGAGAAGAUGAGAAGAAAAUGUCAAUUGAAAACUGAUCAAUCAUGCUCGGCUAAGUCAGGGCGAACGGACGAAUCUUGCAAUAGAUACGCAUGUGAAUUUUGCGAUAAAGUCAUUGUCUUCCGACCUCUUCCAGGUGGAAGGCAAUUUAAUUGUCGUGUGUUCCUCACCCAUGCCCUAUCGCAUUUUGUUGAGACCCAGUAUGCCGAUGUUCCCUGGUUGGACACAUGGUUUUGUCCUUAUCAAAAUUGUCAGAAACAAUUUAGUCAGAGUCGAUACCUUUUCUUCCAUUUGGCUAAAACGCACCAUGAAUUCGUCUUGCGCAUUGAUCGUCGCUUAACCGAGUUGCGGCAAAACCGUGCUCGGGUUGAUGGCAUGAGCAAUGUGACCAAGCGAGAUGAAGAGAACAGCCUGAAGAGAAUUCUGUAUUUUGCUCAACAUAAAUUGGGACUACCUCUCCCAAAAGGCAGGUUGCUUUUGCGUGAUAUAGAAAAAGAUGUGUUGAAACAGUUCGAGCUCAAGACCAAAGAUACCAGUUAUGUGGAGUGCGGCAUUUGCAAUCGUGGCGAGUCUAAAUUCACACUACACGCUUUCGCACUUUUGCAUUACUUUUUAGAGCACGUUGCCAAAAAUUUGCCGGGUGUCGAAGCUCUGCAUCUGUCACCCGAUGGCUCCCGGUUCAUGCCGCACUAUCAGUGUGGCGUAGACACCAACUGCAACUUCAGCACAAGUUUAAGAACGGCUUUGGUUUAUCACUUAGGCAACAAACAUGGAUUUUUCAACAAGCUCUCCGUCACUGAACGAAUACCGGGAAUAUCUGUGCAUGAUGUGAAGCCAAUCGUCCAACCUGCAAUGGGUAAUGAGAAGAAAUCCCCUUCCGUAUUUAUUUGUUGUUCUAUAACUUGUGAUUACCAUCAAAUGUUGGAGCAUUUUCAAACUGAUCACGGCCAGGAUCGAGCUAUCCUGGUCCAAUGUGGAUUGUGCAAAAACUAUUUGGAAUCUGCCACGCCUGAAAUGUUCAAGCAUGAGAAUCACGUUUGCCCUGAUUCCAGCCUGACCUCCUAUGAUAAUGUAACAGGCACGGUUCCAACUGCAGGACAAAAAGAUGAGACAUCCAAUUGUACGCUCGAGGGCAAGGUCAACGUGGAGAAUGCUAUAAUAGGUGUGAAAACUGAUGUACCGGCCUCCUGCCUAACAAACGAGUUCAUGUCCCAGCAAUCAUUGCCAAAGUCAAGAGCAAAUGAUAAGAACCGAAAAAGAAAACAGUCCCACAAGAGGAAUGACACAAAGGAAGCCCGUGCCAAGGAAGAUCCUUCUAUGGCAAAAAUAGCCUCUGGUCCCGGAUUACUAGUGAAACCUGAUGGUCAUUGGGAAGUGGGGUCAGACUGUGGAUCCAUUAUAUGCUUAGAUUCUGAUGAUGACAAAUGCUGAUGGAUGAUGAUACACUAAAUCAGAUCAAAUUGCUAAAUGGACUUUAUUUAUUAAUAAAAAAGCUAUACGGGCUGCGAGGUAAGAAUUCAACAAACUCUAGCGGCCAAAAAGGGAAAAAGAGGGUUAGUUAGGAAUAAUCAU